AUGGGCGGCUACGGCGACCUGGCGGAGCUCGAAGAGGACCUGCGGCGGCGGUGUUUCGAAGAUUGCGACGAUCGGCGGGGUUAUCGCGACGGCACGUGCCCCACGAUCUUCGAGGACUAUCUGUGCUGGCCGGCCACCGAAGCCGGCCGGGUCGUUAUCAGGAAUUGCACCAGCGACGUGAUAACAUCGGACAUUAAGGGCACGUUGGAGAGGAAAUGUUCGGAAAAUGGUACCUGGUUACCCUUGGACUAUUCGGUGGUCGCCCAAUGUGGCAACAUGUCGGUUAUAUAUUCCCCGAAUUCGACGAAUAUGAGCGAGUACGAGUUGCAUUUGUACAAUACUUGGAUACCGAUCAUGAAAGACAUCUCCUAUUGCGGCUACACCUUGUCCAUCAUAUCCUCGAUACUCUCCAUUUGCAUACUCCUUAAUAUACAGAGAUUGCGCUGCUCUAGAAACAAACUGCACACCAACUUAUUCGCGUCCUUCGUGCUGAGAUCCCUGAUGUCAGUUUUGAAAGAUUGCAUGUUCGUGGACGGUACUUUCUUCUUCUUCGAACCGGUACUCGUCAAGUACCCUCAGCCCUACUUCCCGCCGGAUUUGAAUUACCCUUGGUGCUGCAAGGCCUUCAUGAGCCUUCGGUACUACGUCAUCAUGUCGAAUUUCAUGCUGAUGCUGAUGGAGGGAAUGUACUUGCACAAUUUGAUGUUUUUGAAAUUGUUCUCCGACCACCACAGCGUGACGAUCUACUGCGUGUUGGGUUGGGGUUUACCGUUGAUAUUUAUAUGCCCUUGGGUGAUAUUGAGAGUGCUGUACGAAAACCUCUUGUGCUGGACAGAGAGCGAAAACUCUUACAUUAGGCUUAUAAUUGACGGGCCGAUCGGAUUGACAGUUGUUAUAAACUUCAUUUUAUUUCUUACUAUUGUAAGAGUACUAAAAGCAAAGUUGAACAACGCCUGCAUACAACAGAGGAAAAUUAAAUACGGUAAACUCUUGAAAGCUACAACAAUAUUAAUACCUCUGUUCGGCGUACCUUACGGAUUCUCGCUGCUCCUAUCAAUAUACACCAACGAAAGCGUAGUAUUGGAAUUGAUUUACCUAUUCUUCGACCAAUCCUUCGCCGCAUUUCAAGGCCUGUUCGCGGCCUUCGUGUACUGCCUGUCCAACAACGAGGUGCACGUGGAGAUCCGCAGGAAGUACGUCCUGAUGAAGGAGAGGAACAACCGGGAGUUCGGCAGGAGGAGCCGGACUAUAUCGAACACCCAGCAGACUUCGUUGCAAUUGUACGACGAUACGAUGGUGGAGACGAUUUGCAUGAACAACAAACAUCCGCAGAUCGUGGUCCAAGGGGAGCAACAGUGCCAUUUUUGA